AUGAGAUGGAGUAUUAGCAAUGAUGCCAAGACAUAUGAGGAGAAGUAUCAUAAAGAAAUGAGUAGAUUAGUACUGAUGCUAUGAAAGCGUUGUUUACUAUUGUUAUGAAAUAAUUUAAUUAAUCGAAGAAUUAUAUUUAUAUUAUGGGAAACAGUAUAAUUCUUAAAAUAUUCAGAUAUAUGUGGAUUGGAUGAAGAAAAGAAACAUGUUUUAUAGCCAGAAUCCAAAAUUAUCACAACCAGAACCAUCAAAUAAACUACAAUCUCAAUUAUCCAGGCGGACAUAGCUGAAGAUUUGUCAGAUGUUGUUGGUACAAAUAGCAAUUCAUUUUAGUGAAUGCAUCUCAUGAACCAGCAUGGUCUUAUAUAGCAAAGAGGUAUUAGUUUGGCUAUUCGAAUUUAUAGGGACAAGAACAACAAUGCUAAUGAACUCACACAACAAAGUAAAUUUAAAUCUGAUAAGCGAUAGUGAAAAUAGGGGAAUUGAUUAAAACUAAAAGUGAGAAUGUUAAUUCGCUGGAAAUCUAUCAUGUGCGUUUACCCUAUUACUAAGUAAGAUCAAAUAUCAAUCUCUCAAGGACACUAGAGAUCUAUAAUAAAUAUUUUAGAGCUACUUAGCAUGUCUGAGACAAAAGGGAUCCCAUUCCAUCUCAUUUACUGAGUAGAAUUCCCCUAACUUUUCAAUUCCAAAGCAAUUUCACGCGGAAGUGCUUAUAAGAGCUAUUUUAUAGUAAUACAAUCUUCAAUUUCCCUUAGAUCGAUAACAGAUGAAGAAAUAGCUUUUGAAUAGAUAAAAUUUGUUAGUUUAGAUUAGAUUACUCUGAAGUACUUCGCAUAUGAACUAAUGAAAUUACUAGAUGAGUUCAGAAUACCAGACUUGUAUAAAUUUCGAUAAUAGUAAUUUCUAAAUUACCUAUGUAUUCAUCUGCAAUAAUUAGAAAAUACCGAAGAGUUAAAACAAGAAGUAUACUUAUUAAGUACUGGAAUCACUACAGAAAUAGAAUAGCCUGAUGGAUAAUAAUGA